CUCAUUAAGCAUUUCAACUUAUUGGAAAGCGGAAGUAAAAAAUAGUUUUAAAAAAUUAAGGAGUGCAAACUGAAAAGUAAAAAAUAAAGGUGAAAAAUGUCGCGAAAUCAACUGCCAGACUCAUCUUCGUCACCGCCCAUAAGUCACUUGCCCUUUCACAACUUUGACGAUGACCUUAUAAACGAUCUGCCCUCCUGCAUAUAUGCGGGUCAGCAUCAGGGAGGCAGUGCUCCCGGAGGAGGUUCCGGCGGAGGAAAUACCAACUCCGGACUACGGCUCAGCUCAAGCAAUCUACGGCACAUGCAACAACAUUAUCUGCAACACAGUGGAGAAAACCUUCUUGAUUCUUCCACCAACCCUAUGGGGGUGCACAAUUCUGGCGGUGGAGGUGCUCCCCUUAUUUGCAAUAGUCCCAGUGCCAGCAGCAGUGGGGGAGGCGGCGGCAACGGAGGUGCUGGGACACCCGGCGGAGUCGGCUCUAAUCCUGGAUAUGGUCCUGUGGGGGGAGCCAGUGCAGCCUCGAGCUACAAAAUGCAGCGACAAGCGGCCAAUGUGCGGGAGAGGAAACGCAUCCAGAGGUCCGCACCAACUGGUAGCAUUAAUUCCGCCUUUGAUGAGCUGAGGGUGCAUGUGCCCACUUUUCCGUACGAGAAGCGUCUGAGUAAGAUCGACACUCUGCGUCUGGCCAUAGCCUACAUAUCCUUGCUGAGGGAAGUGCUCCAAACCGACUAUGAUCCUCUCACUUACGUGGAGAAGUGUCUGCGGGGAGAGAUCAAAGCAGAUCGCGCCAAUUGGAACACAAGUGAUCUCACCGCUCGCUUGUCCUGGAUCAACUGGGAGAACUUGGGCGUGCAUCCAGGCCGAAGGACAUUGCUCACCUCGCUGGCUCUGUCAUCAGAGCCCAUGUGUGGAGCCCACUGCGGAAUGCCAUAGGAAGUAACAGGCCUAGCCUCCUUCCAUUGCUAAAAGCAGUAGAACCCAUCUGAAAUUGAUCUUCCUUGAAGAAGCCAAAGUCUUCCCCAUC